AUGAGAAGUCUUAAAUCUGUUAUCGUCGGAGACGGUGGGGUUGGUAAAACGUGUAUGUUGAUCUCCUACACCACCAACAAAUUCCCUACCGACUAUAUUCCAACAAUCUUCGGUAGCUACUGCCCAACUGUGAUGAUAAACGGAGAGCCGAUAGUGUUGGGAUUGUGGGAUACUGCUGGACAGUCAGAAUACGAUAAUUUAAGGCCCUUAUCUUACCCGCAAACGGAUUUUUUUCUUUGCUGCUUCUCCGUUGUAAGUCCUACUUCGUUCUCCAACGUGACAAACAAGUGGAUACCUGAAAUAUAUCACCAUGGCCCGAAAGAUAUCCCGGUUUUAUUGGUUGGCACCAAAACUGACUUGAGGGAUGAAUCCCAUGUGCUGCAUGAGUCGCAUGAUGAGCACUUGGAGCCUAUUCUGUACGAACAAGGCGUGAAACUAGCCAAGCAAGUGGGAGCAAUUGGCUACCUUGAAUGCUCUGCUGUCACACAAGUGGGUGUGAAGGAGAUUUUUGACUUAGCUCUCAGAGCUGUGUUGGAGCCUGCAAAGUAA